AUGACCUCACCGUUCUCAAAACUCCCACUCUCUUUCUUCUACUUCUUCACUCUCAUGCCCUUCCACGUAAUUUCACAGUCCCCGGCCACCACCGCCGACCAGACAACCCUACUCAACCUCAAAAAGCUGUGGCAGAGUCCGCCGUGGACAGCCUCCUGGAACUCCUCAUCCUCGCCGUGCACCUGGCCGGCGACUGAGUGCACCGCCGGCACAGUCACUGGACUUCUCCUCCACGAUAAAAACAUCACGGACACGAUCCCACCGUUGAUGUGCGACCUCAAAAACCUCACCGUGCUUGACCUCUCGUACAAUUACCUCCAGGGCGACUUCCCUACGGUUCUCUACAAUUGCUCCGGUCUUCAAUACCUAGACCUCUCUCGGAACUUCUUCGUCGGCCCAAUACCCUCCGACAUCGACCGGUUAUCCUCUCUCCAGUUCAUCAACGUCGGCGGCAACAACUUCUCCAGCGAGAUCCCGCCUGCGAUCAGCCGGUUACCGGAGCUCCGGACAUUGUACCUGUACGAAAACCAGUUCAACGGCACGGUUCCGAUCGAAAUUGGAAAUUUAGCGAAUCUAGUGAAUCUAGGUAUGGCUUAUAAUACUAUGCUUUCGCCAUCGAUAAUUCCGAUAGAAUUUGUCAAUUUGAAAAAGCUGGAGUUCUUGUGGAUGACGAGGACGAACUUGAUCGGGAAAAUACCUGAUAGUUUUGCGAAUUUGUCCAAUCUUCAACACUUGAAUCUCUCUAGAAACAAUCUGGACGGUCCACUUCCUCAAGGACUGUUCCAAUUGAAAAACUUGAGUGUAGUGUAUUUGUAUAAAAACAAUUUGUCAGGUGAAAUUCCAACUCCAAUCGAGUCACUAAAUUUGAUCGGAGUGGAUUUAUCAGAGAACAACUUAACAGGUUCAAUUCCUCAAAGACUAUUUCAAUUGAAGAACUUGAAAAUAAUAAUCUUAAACAAAAAUCAAUUAUCUGGUGAAAUUCCAACUCUAAUUGAGUCACUGAAAUUGAUUAAAUUGGACUUGUCAAUGAACAAUUUGACAGGUUCGAUACCAAUGGAUUUAUGGAAAUUGCAACAGUUGGCACAGCUGGUUUUGUUUUCAAAUAAUUUUUCCGGUUGCUUAUAG